AUAUGGGAGAGUACGAAAAAGCAAAAGAUUUUUGUAAACGAGCGAUAGAAAUUCAAACAAAAACAUUUGGACAUGACCAUGUUAAUGUUGCGACAACGUACAGCAAUCUGGGUUUGGUUUACGAGAAAAUGGGAGAGUACGAAAAAGCAAAAGAUUUUUAUGAACGAGCGAUAGAAAUUGAAACGAAAACAUUUGGUCUUGACCAUGUUAAUAUUGCGACAAGGUACAACAAUCUGGGUUCGGUUUACUAUAAUAUGGGAGAGUACGAAAAAGCAAAAGAUUUUUAUGAACGAGCGAUAGAAAUUGAAACGAAAACAUUUGGUCCUGGCCAUGUCAAUAUUGCGACAAGUACAACAAUCUGGGUUGGGUUUACAGAGGUAUGGGAGAGUACGAAAAAGCAAAAGAUUUUUAUGAACGAGCGAUGGAAAUUCAAACGAAAACAUUUGGACCUGACCAUGUUAAUAUUGCGACAACGUACAACAAUCUGGGUUCGGUUUACAGAGAUAUGGGAGAGUACGAUAAAGCACAAGAUUUUUAUGAACGAGCGAUAGAAAUUGAAACGAAAACA